AUGAGCAGAAAAGCAAGGAAGAGAGCAGAAUUAUAUGAAAAGUUGUACAAAGAUAUAAGAAGAAAUGUGAAGAUGUAUUCAAAGAAAGAAACAGCAGAUUUAAUAAAACUGAAGUAUUCUGAGCUGUGGACAGAAAAAAAAUGCAUAAAAGACAGAGAGAUAGACAUAGGAGAAAUACCAGCAGAUGCAAGCAAAGAGGUAUAUUACAUAGCAGCGGAUGGGAACUAA